UAGUUUCCCAGUCGGACAUAUUAUAAUGAAACCAACCUGUCAGCAGAAGACGUGUUGUGCUGUUUCGUGGUCUGGUUUUAUCUUCAUAUCUUUUCUCUCAGUGUGUCGUAUUUAACCUUACUAAAGCGUGUUAGUUUUAGACAUUUAGACACAUUUCCACGGAUGCGGCAGCAGCUCCGUUGCUUCAUGCUGCCUUGCUAACUGUUAGCCAAAGGCUAACAACUCCUCACAGCAGCCACUUGUACUUACAUGUGUGCGCCAUCUCUUCAGUCUGCUGACAGCUCAUCGGGGAUUUAGGAGUCACUAAAAGCCAUUGCCAGCAGAUAUAAUGGAGCUGCAGGCAGUGUUGAUGGCAGCCGGUGGGGGCUCUCGGAUGACCGAUCUGACCUACAACACCCCCAAAGCGAUGCUGCCGGUUGGCAACAAGCCCCUCAUGUGGUACCCCCUAAACCUGUUGGAGAGGGUAGGCUUUGAAGAGGUGAUUGUGAUCACCACCAAGGAGGUCCAGAAGAUGAUGAGCAUAGACCCGAAACUGAAGCUGGAGGUAAAGAUGAAACUCGAUGUCGUCUGUAUCCAGGAAGAUGGCGACAUGGGCACAGCCGACGCUCUCCGACACAUCCAGCAGAAGAUCAAGACGGACAUUCUGGUGUUGAGCUGUGAUCUGAUAACCGAUGUGGCUCUUCAUGAGGUGGUUGAUCUGUUCAGAGCCCAUGAUGCAACGCUGGCCAUGCUAAUGAGCAAAGCCCAUGAAUUCACAGAGACGGUCCCAGGCCAGAAGGGCAAAAAGAAAACAGCUGAGCAGCGGGAUUUUGUGGGUGUGGACCAUUCAGGGAAGAGGCUGUUGUUUAUGGCCAAUGAGGUGGAUCUGGAAGACGGUCUAUCAAUUAGGAAGUCCAUCUUGAAAAAACAUCCAAGGAUGCUCAUCAAAACAGGGCUAGUGGACGCUCACCUUUACUGCAUGAAAAAAGCUGUGGUGGACUUUCUUACCGACAACAAGUCCAUUUCUUCAGUCCGUGGUGAGUUAGUGCCAUAUCUGGUGCGCAAGCAGUUUUCUAAAACAAGGUGCAGUCCCAAAUCUAAAGAUGACACUGAAGAGCAGAGCCAGAAGAAGAGUGACAGCUCAACAAACAAUGAGCUGCUCAUCUCAUCACGUGACGAUCCUCUCCUCCAGCUGGCUCAGGAGCGCUCCUGUUGGAAUGACCAUCGAGGCGACAUGAGUGAGGCGUACCACGGAGGAAAACUUCGAUGCUAUGUUCACAUCAUGGAUCAGGGUCUUUGCUACCGCGUCAACACACUUGCUGCCUACAUUGAGGCAAACCGCCUGGUUCCCAAACUUUUGUUUGACGAGCCAGCGGUCCACCCUUCCGCUGUCAUUUCAGAAAGAUGUCAGAUUGGAUCCGACAGCAUGAUCGGGGCCCUGUGUCAGAUUGCGGAUAAGACUUCGAUAAAGAGGUCCACUAUUGGAAGCUCCACCACGAUUAAAGAGAAGGUUAAAGUGACCAACUCCAUCAUCAUGUAUGGGGUUACCAUUGAGGAGGGGUGCAACAUCCAGGGCAGUGUGAUUUGCAGCAAUGCUGUCAUCGGCCGGGGAUCGGACCUCAAAUACUGCCUGGUGGGAAAUGGACAACGGAUCGAACCCGGGGCUGAGAGGACCAAUGAGGUGAUUGUUGGCACAGACCAGCUGAUGGAGAUCUAGGUUCAACUGCGAAGAAGCAGCAUCACCUUUUAGACACUUUUGCAAUCCUUGUAAAUUGUGUUGGAAUAAAAACUCAACUCAACCCUGCAA